CACACACCGGGUGCCAUUUGACACUUGGGCUCAAGGUCAACUCGCAUCGGCGUGGUCCAUAGACUUUAAAUCUUUUCAGCUAGGGUCUACCCUGACAACUAAGCAGCCCUGGACUGGAGCGGCAACCACUUGCCGCCGGCCUCCGGAGCCGCCAAUCUUCAGAGUACCUGGACACGGGAACGCGCUCCGCCCUGCUUUGCGGCAAGGAUGCGCGCGUUUGCGACAGCGUGACGCCGGCAAGUUUUGGCGGGAAAAGCGCUGCAUUUGGAUUCCUGUGGUGGCGGGCACAGGACAACCCGCCCUGGUGCCUGGUGUAGUCAUGGCAGUACCCUUUGUGGAAGACUGGGACUUGGUGCAAACCCUGGGAGAAGGUGCCUAUGGAGAAGUUCAGCUUGCUGUGAAUCGAAUAACUGAAGAAGCAGUUGCAGUGAAGAUUGUAGAUAUGAAGCGUGCCAUAGACUGUCCAGAAAAUAUUAAGAAAGAGAUCUGUAUCAAUAAAAUGCUAAAUCAUGAGAAUGUAGUGAAAUUCUAUGGUCACAGGAGAGAAGGCAAUAUUCAAUAUUUAUUCCUGGAGUACUGUAGUGGAGGAGAGCUUUUUGACAGAAUAGAGCCAGACAUAGGCAUGCCUGAACAAGAUGCUCAGAGGUUCUUCCAUCAACUAAUGGCAGGGGUGGUUUAUUUGCAUGGUAUUGGAAUAACUCACAGGGAUAUUAAACCAGAGAAUCUGCUGCUGGAUGAAAGAGAUAACCUUAAAAUAUCCGACUUUGGCUUGGCAACAGUGUUUCGACAUAAUAAUCGUGAGCGUUUGUUGAACAAGAUGUGUGGUACUUUACCUUAUGUUGCUCCAGAACUCCUGAAGAGGAAAGAAUUUCAUGCAGAACCAGUUGAUGUUUGGUCCUGUGGAAUAGUACUUACUGCAAUGUUGGCUGGAGAAUUGCCGUGGGACCAGCCAAGUGACAAUUGUCAGGAAUAUUCUGAUUGGAAAGAAAAAAAAACAUACCUCAACCCUUGGAAAAAAAUUGAUUCUGCUCCUCUAGCUCUGCUUCAUAAAAUCCUAGUUGAGAAUCCAUCAGUAAGAAUUACUAUUCCAGACAUCAAAAAAGAUAGAUGGUACAACAAACCCCUCAAGAAAGGGGCAAAGAGGCCCCGAGUCACUUCAGGUGGUGUAUCGGAAUCUCCCAGUGGAUUCUCUAAGCACAUUCAAUCCAAUUUGGACUUUUCUCCAGUAACCAGCGCUUCUAGUGAAGAAAAUGUGAAGUACUCCAGUUCCCAGCCAGAACCACGGACAGGUCUUUCUCUAUGGGAUACCAAUUCCUCAUACAUUGAUAAACUGGUACAAGGGAUCAGUUUUUCCCAACCCACAUGUCCUGAUCAUAUGCUUCUGAAUAGUCAGUUCCUUGGAACCCCAGGAUCAUCACAGAACCCCUGGCAGCGCUUGGUCAAAAGAAUGACACGAUUCUUUACCAAAUUGGAUGCAGACAAAUCUUAUCAAUGUCUGAAAGAGACUUGUGAGAAGUUGGGCUAUCAGUGGAAGAAGAGUUGUAUGAAUCAGGUUACUGUAUCAACAACUGAUAGGAGAAACAACAAACUCAUUUUCAAAGUGAAUUUGGUAGAAAUGGAUGAGAAGAUACUGGUUGAUUUUCGGCUUUCUAAGGGUGAUGGAUUAGAGUUCAAGAGACACUUCCUGAAGAUUAAAGGGAAGCUAAUUGAUAUUGUGAGCAACCAGAAGAUUUGGCUUCCUGCUACAUGAUUGAUCCGUUGGCUCUGGCAAUUUCUGGUGAAUGUAGUGCUGCUAUGUUGACAUUAUUCUUCCUAGAGAAGAUUAUCCUAUUCUGCAAACUGCAAUCAAUAGUUUCUGAAGAUUUCACUUCCAUCUUUAUUCAAAUAUCUUCCAAUUCUUUUUGUAUGUUCUGCAUACAAAUAAUACCAAUAACUUGAUUGUAAGUAAAACUUUGGGGAAGAGAUGAUAGAAUUAAUUAGAU